UUCCAAUUUGUUAAAAUUUAAUUUGAGAUUUAAAUUAAAUUGAAACUAAUCUGAUAGAAAAGAGAAUUCAUAUGAAAAGACAUCAUUGUAGCAAUUAAAAUUUCCUAAAUUGAUCUCAUAAAAUGGAAUGAUAGUAUGUAUCAUUACAACAUUGCAUGGCAAUUGGAAUAAUGAUAAUGAAAGAGCAAUCAUAAUACUACAUUUUGAUUAGAUAAUAAUAGGUUACGUAAUUAUAUUAAUAGUGUGCAUUAUGAUAUAAUUUAAGUUGUUUUAAAUUCUUAAUUUUAUAUCACCUUAAAUAAUAAUUUCAUGAUAAAACAAUUUAAGGUAGCUUUGAUAGGAGAUUCUAGGAGUGGAAAAUCAUCCCUUGUGAGAUGUCUGAAGGGAGAGGAAUUUCUAUUUGAAACCUAAGCAACCAUAGGAAUUGAUUACUACCAAAGAAUUCUUGGUUUUAAAAAUAUCGACUACAUCUUUAAACUCUAUGAUACUAGUGGUUGCGAAGCCUAUAGACAAAUUUUGAAUAGAAUUAUGAGCCAAGUCGAUGCAGUGAUCAUUUGUUUCGAUGCUUCCUAAGAUAAAUACUAAGAACAAAUAGAAAGUUGGCGUAACCUAAUAGGAAACGAAUUAAGAACCAUCCCAACAUUUAUUGUGGGAAAUAAAAUGGACUUACUGGAUCUGAGUAUAAGUUCAGAUAUAACUUCUAAAUGUCCAGUAUAUUUUGUUUCUGCAAAGACAGGAGAGAACGUUUAGAAAUGUUUUAACAAAAUAUUCAUGUCAUUGACUCCUUCGAAGCAUCCUAUGAUUCAAAAGAAGGUAAAGGAUAGAAGUAGUAUGUGGGGAUUGCUUGGUUUUUGUUGCAACGGAGAAUGAGAAGAAGAG